AUGGAUGGAGGAGUGGUUGCUAGCAUAGGGGAAGGAGAUUUAAAGGUGGUUGGUGGUGGAGAUGGAAAAGACAAGAGGCAGACUUACAAUAAUAAUAAUAAUAAUAUUAUAUUAUUAUAUUACUGCUGCUGUGCUGCUGCUAUUGCUCCUGCUGCUGCUACUGCUGCUGCUGCUAUUACUGUUGCUGCCGCUGCUGCUCCUACUACUGCUCCUGCUGCUGCUCUUACUACUGCUCCUGCUGCUGCUACUCUUGCUACUGCUCCUGCUGUUGUUGCAACUGCUACUCCUGCUGCUGCUACUACCACUACUGCUGCUACUGUUGCUACCACUACUGCUGCUGCUGUUACUACCACUGCUGCUGCUGCUCUGCUCCUGCUCCUCUUGUUACUACUACUCCUGCUGUUGCUGCUCCUACUCCUGCUAUUACUACUCCUGCUAUUUGCUGCUCCUGCUACUACUACUCCUGCUGCUGCUGCUUCUGCUACUGCUGUUACUCCUGCUGCUGCUCUUACUACUCUUGUUGCUGCUGCAGCAGGAGGAGUAGUAGUAGUAGCAGUAGUAGUAAGAGCAGCAGCAACAGGAGCAGCAGCAGGAGCAGUAGUAGUAGCAACAGCAAUAGUAGUAAUAGUAGCAGUAGCAGUAGUAGCAGCUAGCAGUAGCUAA